GAUGCGGUCCGAGAAGGAGGCAGCCAGCGGGACCGGGGGCUCUGGCGUCGGCGGGGCCGGGCGGGGAUCGGGCGGCAAGGAGAAGCCGCCAUUGCCGCCGCCACCACCGCCUCCGCCUCCACCCCUCCCACCACCACCGGCAUCUUCCCGUGGAGGGACAGCGAUGGAGAUACAGUUCAGCCGCGAGUCUCCCCGGCGCGAAGUGGAGACGCCGCCGACCGCCGUCUCAGCCUCGGGCUGUGGGGGUGGCGGAAGCAGUGGCGGCGGCAGCGGCGGCGGCGGCGGCGGCGGCAGCAAACCGCGGGAGGAGAAGAAAACGGUCCUGAGCAAGGUAGUUAUUCGUCGACUUCCUCCCAGUUUAACCAAGGAACAGCUAGAGGAACAGUUACAUCCACUUCCUGCUCAUGAUUACUUUGAAUUUUGUACAGCUGAUCCCAGUCUUUAUCCUCAUCUUUACUCAAGAGCAUAUAUUAAUUUUCGAAAUCCUGAUGACAUCCUUCUUUUUAGAGAUCGUUUUGAUGGCUAUGUCUUCAUUGAUAGUAAAGGUCUGGAAUAUCCUGCUGUAGUAGAAUUUGCUCCAUUCCAAAAGAUUUCCAAAAAGAAAUUAAAGAAAAAAGAUGCCAAAGCAGGGAGCAUUGAAGAAGAUCCAGAAUAUAGGAAGUUUCUAGAAACUUAUUGUGUUGAGGAGGAGAAAAUAAGUGCCAAUCCUGAAACUCUUUUGGGAGAGAUUGAGGCAAAGACACGGGAACUCAUUGCUAGAAGAACAACACCUCUUUUGGAAUAUAUUAAAAAUAGAAAAUUAGAAAAGCAGAGAAUUCGAGAAGAAAAAAGGGAAGAACGGAGGAGGCGGGAAUUAGAAAAGAAACGCUUGAGAGAAGAAGAGAAAAGAAAACGUAGAGAAGAGGAAAGACGUAAGAGAAAAGAAGCUGAAAAACAAAAGAAAAUUGCUGAGAAAGAGAUAAGAAUCAAGCUUCUUAAAAAGCCCGAAAAGGGAGAGGAACCAGCAGCAGAAAAGCAAAAAGAAAAAGGAGAAGAAGCUGAUAUUGAAGAAGGAAAAUGGGAAAAAUCCUCCAGCUCUGGAAGCAUAAAGUCCAAACCCUUAGAAAGUUCAUUGAAGGAACUCAAAGAAAAGUCACAAAAUGACAGUGAUAAAGAACAAAGAGAUAUGGAUAGAAGAUUUCGAGAAAAAGAACCUGAAAGACAAAGGUAUCGCUUGGACGAUGGCAGAAAACAUAGAACUCAUUAUGAGUUUGACAAGUUUUUGAGAAGGAAUGAAGACGAGCUGAAAUGGGGGAAAGGAUACAACCAAGACAGAGGGAAGAAAGGGAACCACAACUACAGCUUCACUGUGGAGGCAGUAGACAAACUGGGUAAAGAGGACAAGUGUGAUGACAUGGCAUCCAAAAAGGAGCGCAUAAGAAAUAAGGACCGUCCAGCCAUGCAGUUAUACCAGCCAGGGGCUCGCAUUCGAACACGUACGGGCUCUACAAGUAAAACUCCUGACUGUACUGCAAAGUCAUCUGAAGAGGCUUGUGAUAGAAAAAGUGAGGCAGAGAAUCCCGCAGGAGCUGCUUCUGAGAAGAGUGAAGAGGCAGAGUAAACAUGCAAAGCAGAUUUGUCGUGGUUAUGAACAAAUUUCAUUCUUACGUAGUUAGAAAAAGGAACUAGAAAUGAUUCCAGGGAAAUAAGCCAAAACCCAUUAAAAAAAAAAAAAGGCAUCUAGUAAAUCAUUCUGAGUGAAAAGAUGUACUUUUUGUCCAGUUCUGGACUGGUGUUUUCUUCAGUUUACUCUGCUAGUGUAAACUAGUAUUUAUUUAGCUAAAAGAGAGAAAAUUAUAUCCUUCAGAAAAUAUUAUGUCAAGAAAAUGAAGAAAAUUAGUGUUGCAUCAGUUUGAAAUCUGAGACACUUUAAAUCUGUUCUGUGAAUAACUUCAUUGUUUGCACAUUUGUGACAACAUGACAUGUUGAUACCAGUACCUCAUUGUGUUUGUGUUAGUUUUCUAAAAAUUCUAGUGUCGAGUAAGUGUGACACAAAGUUUCCAGUUUUCAUAUUGUUAAUGGAAUUUGUAAUUCAGCCACUUUUGCCUUUUAUGUUGUAAAUAUAAGUUUUGACAUUUACAUUUUAAAGCAAAUCAGUCUAACAAAUCUCAGCACUUCAACAAUAUGCUAUCUGAUUUUAUUUAAAUUAUUUUAUGUUGGGGGCACUGACUUGAGAUGAUUUGAUAGAAACUUAUGAACACAUAUGUUCAUGUUUUACCUAUACUUUGGUUGUAGGACUUACCCAAAGUAAUAAAAUUGGGGGGAGGGAAGGAUAGGGAUCAGAUAUGGCUACUAUAUUAAUUCAUUUUGCCGUUUUUAGACAUUUUUAAUGCACUGUGUUUUUUUCAAUUGUCUAAAACUCUGAAUUACAGUAUUUUGACCUUUUAGCUAAAUCUAAAAAUGUUAGUUUACUUUUAGCACUGUGCAUUGAAUGUUUUAUUAAAUAACAUUGUAGAGUUAUAGAUUUCAAAGUCCAAUUAUUGUAUUUUUCAAGAUAUUUAAUAUAGCAAAAUUGAAAAUAUGAUUUCUCCUGUUUAAAUUCAUCGAAUUUGAAUUUUUGAGUCACUAAUAAAAUUUUAAAAAUUAAUUGUUAUAAAAUCCAAGUACUGUAGGGAGUUAAAUUUUAGGAAAUUGAUGACUUACAAAAUGUGUAAUCAGCAUAUAUCAGAAAAGGCAUAGAAUAUGUCAUUUCCUUUGACUUUUCCUCUUAUACAGUUCCUGGACUUUUGGGUUACACUGGAUAAUAUGUGAUUAUAGAUGAAGAAGUGAAGUGUCCCAGUGAUCCACCAUUGGGCUAAUAACCCUGGCAAACUGGAGGGGUGCUUAGAUAAAACUUUCUUAGGUCUUACAUGGUUCUGAGACACUCAUAUAUGUCCUGAAAGUCUGUGCAUGCAGGAAAGGGUGCUGCAUUUGGAGUCACAGGAUCUGGGUUCAAAUUAUUGCUCUUUCAUUUACUAUAUAAGCUCAGACAAGUCACUUCACUUCUGUAGAUUCACUUCCUUAGUUGUAAUUGAAUCAGAUUCCCUGUAAGGUGGUUCCAGGUCAAAGUCAGUGAUCCUGUAUUCUCUUGAAUAUUGCAAAAACCAGUAGCAAACCCCUAAUUGAGUCAACUAGGGAUCCUCCAGAUGAAAAAUGAGGUUCAUAGUUUUCAGGCAGAAGAGAUUAAGAGAAAUUCCUUGAUUCUUAGUCUCUACUUUUACCUCUCUAAAUGCCCAGAAAGUGCAUAUAAGUGGAUUUGGGUUUGGCUUCUCUUGAAGUGUGAGUACCCCCUGCCAAAAUUGUUUUUAAAUGAGAGGUGCUUACUGAAGCAUGCCAAAUAGUAAUAGCUAUUUUUAAGACUUUCCAGUAACCCCUUUUUGCAUUCAAAUAUAUUGUUUGGAAAGAGGCACACAGGACUUUAGGGAGAAUCAAAUGAGAUCAUGAAAAAAAAGGCUUUAAGUGAUUUGUUCAGGGUCACAUGACUGGUGACAGUAUAAUUCAGUUUUAAAGUCUUUAUUUGUUAAAUAAAACUUCUCAAAUAAUCUUUGUUUAUAUUAUGUGUCACAUAGUAAAAGUGCCCAAGAAAAAUUUCUGAGUCUGUGGCAGUUCUAGUUUAUCAGGGUUUGUCAGAACCAAAAUUCCCAAAGGGGCCCCAGGGCUAUUUUGUCAAUGAACCAGACAUAGGCUUUAUGUUCAUUUCAUUUAGGUUUCCCCAAAGUUAUUUUUUUUUUCUUUUUCAGUUUGAAUUCCAGCAGUUAGUUUCAUAUAACUACUUGGCAGUAUCCUUGUUAAAAUCUUUUUCAUUGCUUUUGAGCCUUAUGCCUACAAUUCAAAUCAUUGUUAUAUUGAUUAACUCAGCCUUACCAGUAAGUUAUGAAUAAAUACUUGAAUCAUUCUUCAAGCAUAAGUUAAAAAUGCAUAAAAUCUGUGACUUUCUCAUAUUAUCUCUUCUGUAACAAUUUCUCUUCAUAUAAUAACAACCAAGAAGAUAUGUUUUGUGGUGCAUGGUGAAUGAUCCUGAAAGGCAGGAAGAUUAAAGUCCUGCCUCUGAUUCACAAGCUGUGUAACCCUGUGCAGAGCAUUUAACCUCUCAGUGUAUCAGGUAACUCUAAAACCAGAAGUUACCAAUCAACUAUUCACCAGCCUUGGUGGAAAAAGUUAAAACAGAAGGUCUUUUUGCUGAUGAAAUCUCAAAUUUUCCCUAGUACCAAUAAUAAUAACAAUAAUAGUCAUUAUGAUAAUGAUAAUAAAACAAUAAGCAAAGUGUCUACUCUGAUAAUAAAUUUUCAUAGUGCAACUUAUAAAACUGCCUACAUUAGUCCCAUGGAGAAAUGAUGUGAUCUACUUGGUAAACUAUUCCUAACAUGUCCAUUAGCAAGUGGAGACUGAAAUUAAAUUCAAUCAAAAACAAUUCACGGGGUUUUUUUGGGUUUUUUUGUAUUUGCUGAGGUAAUUGGAGUUAAGUGACUUGCCCAGGGUCACACAGCUAGGAAGUGUUAAGUGUCUGAGACCAGAUUUGAACUCGGGUUCCUCCUAACCAGAGCUGGUGCUGUGCCACAUAUCUGCCCCCAAUUCACAGUUUUAACUAGAAAUCAACAUAUUUCAAUGAAAAUAUUAAAAUCAAAUUUUUAAGAAUUGGAUAACUUCAAAGGCACAUGGAAUGCCUAUGUGGUAUGUACAUAUGUAUCCCUCUGGCAAAUUGCAAGUCCAUAUAUAUACAAUUAAUCACCUAAUUUAUCCUAUAAAUUGAGAUUUUUAAAUAUAACUUAUUGAAGCAAAACUACCUUAGGUUUUAACAGUGGUUCUUGAAUUUUGUGUUUUUUUGUUUGUUUUUUUUUUGGUGGGGGUGGAAUCUUUUAGUAACCAAAGUGCUUUUUAUUACAGAAGCAACAAUAAUAGCAUUUUGUUUCAACAAAUGUUUACAAAGUACUGUGAUGGGAAAUAACCAGAAUUUAGAUAAGUCUUAUAUAGAUGAAAGGCUAAUAAGUUACCUCUUAUGCCUCACAUAGCCAUACUGCUAAAUAAUUUGUGUUUAGUGCUUUCUAAAAAGGGUGCAUUUGGUAGAAUGAAUAGGACUUAGAUGCUGAACUUGAAAUUAAUCAAGAACUUAACUGCUUUGUGGUCUGGGACAGGUAACUUUUAUCUACUAAGUCAAAGAUAGUUUUCUUUGAUAUCUAUUAGCAGAAGGUUUUCCUAAUUGAGAAAUUCAUAAGUACUUAUUAGGUCCAAGAGAAGAAAUAAAUGUAAUAUAAAGGAAUUAUUAGAUGGUAUUGAGCCAUUAAUUGGAGAGUUCCACUGUGACCCAGGCAGAUUACUCAUGGUCUCAUGGCUGAAGUGCUAAGCCCCCCAUUCUUUAAUUUUGAAGUCAUGGAUCUAUCAAUCUAUUAUCUAGCAUCUAUUGGUCCUAUAGCUCUGCUUCUAUAGGGCAGUGUUUCCAUGCACAUGAAUUUGUGGAUCUGCUAGAUGACAUUUACCAAAGCUCUGAGCUUCCACCUGUCGCAAAAGUCCACCUUGUACAUGAUAGAUGUCUAGGAAUACUAGACUUGUGACUUUUACAAAGUCAUUUUAACUCUCCAAAGAAGCUGGCUUUGAUAUUGAAUGCCAUGUUAUUCAGAAUCAACCAAAUAAUUAAAAGAUAAAAUGUAUGGAACAUCUACCAUGUUACCCUGCAAGUCCAUCAUUUUCAGUGACUGCAAAAGUCUCUUCACCUCACCGAGUUACGACUAAAUAAUCAUACGACUGGAGAAGCCUGCUCCAAUCCCUGUUGUGCCCUGUUGUCCCCUCCCCUCUGAGGGGUACACCUCUGUCCCAGGAGUGGGGAAGAGCAGACAGAUCCAAGAAACAUACUACGACACAGCUGUACUUAAAAACAAGUUUGCUAUAUUUUCCAGCACAUAGAAAUGUUAAAAUGUAAAAUCCUGAGCAAAACAAUUAAGCAGUUACUAUUCAAACAAGAGAAAGUUUGGCAGCUCAACCUUAGGAAGGCCUAUAGGCCCCUCAUAGAAUGAUCAUAUAUUUAGCUCUUCUGUGAUUAGCUUUGUUUUUAAUUAUGUUACUAGCCAACAUUUAUAUAGAACUCUAGGGUCAACAAACCUAGGAAUUAGGUAAUAUUAUUUCUGUUUUACACUUGAAGAAGUAACUUCACUGUGUUGAAGCCUGGAUUCAAAACGAGGCUUCUAAUUGAUGUUUCCCUAGUUUAGCUAUUUAAGUGUUUUUGAAAUGACAGUUCUUUGGAAAUGCCAAUCUCAAUUUCUUAAAAGUUGACAUUGUCUUCCCAAUUUGAAUAUUAAAUGUAACCAACCAGAAGUAGAAUGAAUUGGGGGGAUGGGGAAGGGGGAGAGGAAAAGAAUGGAAUUGAGUUGCUAAUAGCUCCUUAUGAAGUCCUUAGUUCCAAUGAAAUAAUGAACCUUUUAUAGCUUUGCCCUAUGACAGUUCUAGAGGGAUGGGAGAGUGGGGACACAAUAAUGCAAAGCAAUGUCCAAAUUUAUUGAACAUUUUUAGUUUAACUUCCCGCAUAAUGUGUAUCUGCCUGUUUCAGUCAAAGAAAGGUUCAAUUCAAAGUCAACAAUAUUGAGACUAACAGUGAUUAUCAAUGAUGAAAAGCAGUACAGUGAUUAUUUGAUUAUAUGCACAGUGUUAAAUUUAAAUCCAUACUUGUCCAAUAUUCAUUUGUCAUCAUGUUUGUAACCACCUGAACUCCAUUUGAACAUAAAGUACAAAUUGAAAGAUAAACCAUCAGUAUGAAAAUAAAAAAUAGUAUAAUAUCUGUUA